AUGGCUGAAAACGACAAACGAGUCCUCGCCAUUCAAAGCACUGUAGUGUUCGGUUAUGUGGGCAAUAAGAGUGCUACAUUUCCCCUACAGCUACAUGGCUAUGAUGUCAGCACAAUCAACUCAGUCCAGUUCUCCAAUCACACAGGUUAUGGCAAAUGGAAAGGUCAGAUCUUGGACGCUGAGGAAGUGGCUGAUUUGUUUGAGGGUCUCAGAAUUAAUAAUCUGCUCAAUUUCUCCUUUGUACUGACUGGCUACAUUGGAUCAGAAACUUUCCUACAGAAAGUUGGAGAUACAAUUAAAGAAAUGAAGUCAAAAAACCCGAGUCUGAUCUAUGUUUGUGAUCCUGUGAUGGGGGAUAAUGGACAUUUGUAUGUGAGUGAGAAGCUGGUUCCAGUAUACAGAACUGAGAUCGUAGAACAAGCUGAUAUCAUCACACCCAACCAGUUUGAACUGCAACUGUUGACCCAGCUGCCUGUGGGAACUGAGGAGGAAGCUUUGGCAGCCAUGAGUAAACUCCACGACAGAGGUUGUAAAGCCAGGAGCAUGACAGAGUCCAGGCAGUAUCGUCUGAAGAUGCCAAUAAUUGAUGCCAUCUUUACUGGUACUGGAGACCUGUUUGCUGCAUCAUUUCUGGCAUUUAUAGACAAACACACAGAUUUGAAGGUGGCUUUGGAGAAAACUGUGAGUGUUGUACAAAAAGUGAUCCGUCGAACAAUUGAGCAUGCCAGAG